AGCCCUGGAAAAAUGCUUUACUUACUAAAUUACUCUCCCAAAUUUUUUUGUUUGUUAAUCAUCAUGGCUACUAGAGAAGACAGUUUUCUGACUCUGUUGCCCUGACCUUCUUGAACAAAAGCAGAGAAGAGAAGCCAUAAGCCCUGAUAGGAGACCUACCAACAACCUCUUCCAAACACAUGGGGUUGAAAGUCUCUGGAUAAUCACACACACACACACACACACACACACACACACACACACACACAAAACACCCCCUGCUUUUGCUUGUUUAAGUAAGUAAGGUACUUAGAAGGAAGCAGGGUUGAGGAUAACAGUGUUGAGAAUUUCCUAGACAAAUUCCUUCUCUCGCCAACAGACCCAUACACACAAGCAAAAAAAAGGCACUAACGUGGGAGAAGAUUUAAGGGAAUUAAAAGGAUUGUGAAGGUGUGGUUGUCCAAAAUCUGACACCAAAGAGAGAUGAAUGAUGUUUGGCUGUCAUGACCAGAAGCUUCUGGUUGACAAAUACUGUCUGGUAUUUUCCUUGCUGAAUUCUUACCCUCACCGCGCAUGCCCUGACCACUGUGGCUCAAUAUGCAAAUGCAAAUGACCUGAAUCAGGCUGCUAGUGACUCACCAACUCCCCUUUAAAGUAAAGCUGGGUUCAACACAGUGACUGUUCAAAGGAGGAGCCAUGGCAGGCAGACUCUGCUUCUCCUAUUGGGUACUGGUCUGUUGGUUGAUGGUAACCAUGGCAGAAGGACAAGAGGAGGUAGUCAUCCCUCCUGGAGGAUCACAAAACAAUGUGGACCCCACAGACUGCCAAAUCUUUACACUCACACCUCCUCCCACCACGAGGAAGCCAGUGACGAAGAGCCAGCCCAUCACAAGAACACCCAAGUGUCCUUUCCAUUUUUUUCCACGAAGAAGACCCAGAGUACACCUUAGAUUUCCACACAGACCUUUCUUCCCUCCAAAAUGCAACCACCGUUUUCAAUUCCAGCCAUUUUUUUUACCACCCAGUCACCAUACUCCUCGUUAUAAAUAUUUCCCUAGAAGACAACUCCAGAGAGGAAGUUCAUCUGAAGAAAGCUGAAAGAAAAAGAGAAGUCCCAAACACAGUGAAGGAAAAGAAGCCAAUGCCACAGAAAAAGCAACAAAAAGAUUUAUGUUUUCUCUCUCCAAAGUAAAACUAAUGGAUUUAAAGAUUAAGUAUCCUAAAAACUGCUGACUAGAAAUUGUCCUCCUCCUCAGUAGUAAAGAUACUGGUUUAUAGGUUAUUCUUGUUUGCAGAAUAGUAGUGGUUAAUGCAUUUUGCGUAUCCCCAACUUUUUUUAUGAUCGCAGGACAUUUCCGCAAAUCAAACCUUAAAAUGGAUCAUUCCAAUAAUUCAUAUCCAUAUUGAGAUGCCAGAAGAAUGAAUCCCCUUUUCUAAAUUAGUGUUGAGAGCAUUUAAAUAAAUUUACAUCAUUAUAAAUGAAAUGAAGAUACUAAUGACAUGCCUUUAUACUCAUCGGAAAUGUUACAGAGUGAGGUAUAUGUACAAAGUGAAUUUUAAAAGAAAUUGUGAAGUGUCAAUAGUAGGGGGAUAUAAGGGAUAUGGGUUUGUUUGUUUUUUUUCUUUUGGAGUAAUGAAAAUGUUCUAAAAUUGAUUGUGGUGAUGAAUGCACAACUCUGUGAUUAUACUGCAAGCUAUUGACUGUACACUUCAGGUGGAUUAUAUGGUGUGUGAAUAUAUCUCAAUAAAACUGCUUUAAAAAAGAAAUUAUAAAGAUUAAAGUAAAACAAAGUUAUCAGCAGUCUAACUGUAGAUAAAACUUUAGAGACAUAUAGUCUGAAUUAUCUAACCCAAAUAACUUUUUUUUUUAACUGUGGUAUUUAAAUUUACUUUAAUAUUAACUUUUUAAGCAACUGGUGCAAUUUAGUUUCUUAAGUAUCGCAUUGUUUCUCCUAUUUUCAUCAAAUAGAUACUUGCUAAAAUGAUAUAUUUCUCCUAAAACUUUCAACAUAGUUCCAGGCACAAAGGCCUGGCUAAAGGUUACAUGAAUCUUCUUAUAACUCUGGAACUCCAAAGACGAAUUUACUCAACUAUGAGAACCUUGUAUUCUGAGCAUGCAACAUGAGAACUAAAUCCCACUGAUUACAUUCAUUGAUUAUUUGUUUGUCCACUCUGUAAAAUACUGCCACCUGUUUGUGCCAUUCAUCUUGCCUAAAAUAUAGGAAGUUUGGUUUUGCAUAUUUGGCCAAUGGCUUACACCUGUUCCUGCUAAGAAAGAUUAGAAAAAGUUGCUGCUGCUUCUUCUACAAUGAAAAGGACACAACAUAAAGACAAUGUAGACUUUGGAGAUGAUUAUCUGGAUAAAGGAAAGAGAUUUAAAAUCAUCAUGCUGUACAUCCUUGCUAUAUUAAAAAAUACAAAGAA